UGGAAGGCGGGCAGCGCCGUGGGUUGUUGGGCGGGGCCCUGUGCCGCUACACGGGGUGUUUUUCCCAGGGAUGCCGGAAGAGAGCGGAUGGCAGCGCAUUCCCGGCACGGUUCAGUCAGGCAGAGCGCGUGCUGCUCCUUGGAUUGCGCUGCGUCCUCCUCAAGUGACGUGCUCGGAUUCCUUGGGCAGGAUGGAAGGGAGGGCGCUGUGAGGAGGCGGAGGCCUCCCGAGGACACGAAGUUUCUUCUGUGUGUCCCACACUCCCCCAGGCUUUGCCGGUGUAAGUGCUGGCCCUUGUCGUUGCCCAGAGAGGAUGUCCUCGAUGAGCCCGGUGUCCUGGCUUUCAGCCCUGCCGUAAGCUCCUGCUUGUCAGUGAAUCCCUCAUGAUGGAACGGGAGCUGCCAGCGGCUGUGGGCAGGUUAAUGUUGUGAGGCCGAGGGCAGGGUGUCCAACACAGGCUGCGCCUGGCACUGUCUCCAAAAGGAUCCCAUGAACACGAUCAUGGGGACAGGUACCACUGAGGUUAUCUCUGUCUUACAUGCUUUUUGGCCUGUUUUGUCUUGAUUGGAGAGUAUAUGCACAGACCAGAGGGUCAGUGUAGCCAUAAGACUGAAUGGUGCUGGUUUUUCAAAAUACUACUAAAGAUGUGUCAGUCCACGUCAAGACUUCAUGUUCCUAAAAUGUCAUCCUUGGAGCAACAUAAGAAACUCACCCUGAUCUCUGGGGUCCUGGGGAGCGUUGGGUCAAACUAUCAGACUCUCUCGAUUAACAGAGACUUUGACAGAACAAUCCAAAACAUUUCUACACGCUUCUUUUCCUCCCACCACCUUCUCCAUUUUAAAAUAAUAAAAUGCUUUAUGUGGGAAGUUGGAUCCAGAGAAUUCAUUCUUCAGUCUCUUGCAGAGUUGAAGCUGCCCAAAAUUUGAGGGAGUUUCAAACCUUGUUUCUUUAAACAAGACCUUUCCAGAACCCGUGAUCCUUCAGGCUCUUUGAGGUCAGCAUGAUCUAAUUCAUGUUCUAGUCACCUCUGUAUUUUGAGGUCUUGUAGGUGUUAGGGAUGUUUGCGAAAGUCAUCCUGUGUCUUCUUCAUGAGAAGAGUGCAGGUUGAAAAAUGAUGAAUCAUUAAUUUAUGUGGCCACUGCUAUAACCAGAAGCAGAGAGAAAAAGGCUCUGCUCUAGUGGGAGUGAGAAAAGUCUAGCUUAGAUGAUUGUUAUUUGGUUCUGACCUGCCUGAAUUGAGUUUUCCAUUUAGAAUGACUCUGCCUGGGGGGUGGAACUGGAAAUGUGGAAACUCAGAAAUGUAUUGGUUGUUUUACUGAUGUUUUUAUUUAAAUAUUUUGACUGCCCUAAGUACCACUGACUGUAGGUUUUACCAGGACGUCUCUAUGUAAGCAGGUAAUUUGGAGGAGGUCUGUGGGAUGUCCAGCAAGCAUGGCCUAACACUUCAUUUCUGAACCAGCAGCUUUCAUAAAGAGGAUGCAGCAGAUAUUGGUUUCUUUCCCUUAAUCUUUUUCCUCUUUCCUGACAGAGCAGCUGCCUUAAAAGCAUGUGGAGUGUUUACAGAAUAGAUCUCUGCUGGAUUUACAUCUCUGAACUCCAAACACCUUUCUUCAGCUAUUGAAGAUUAUUGUCUGAGUUCAGAGUUCAAAGGAAGAGGCAAGUUAUUCUAGGGAACAGGAAGUCCAGACUAUUUCAGAUAAGAAAAUGCUUCUCCCCACUGACUUGGAAAGGAGUCCAUGGUCACUCCCUUGGAAGGUAUCAAUCUUAUACCAAGUCUUUAAGAAGCUGAAGGACAGCAGGUCACAGCUUAAUUAAGAUGAGACUUAAGUAAUAAUGGUGAAGAGUUCCUGGAAGCAAGAAGACUAAUUAAUGAGGGCGAUUGUCUAGGACUGAGUCCAGACAAUACCUCCAAGGAUGGACGUUGCACAACCUCCCUGUGUAACAUGUGCCAGUCCUUGGUCACCCUCACAACGAAUAAGUGUUUCCUGAUGUUCAGAGGGAACUUUCCAUGUCUCAGUUUGUGCCCAGCGCCUCUGGUCCUGUCACUGGACCCAGUGAAAAGAGCCAAGCUCCUCUUUUCACCCUACCUUCACACACUGAAGGCCUUGUCAAGCUUUGUCAAGGCUUGAACAAUCCCAGUCCCCUCAGCCUUUCCUCACAGAAAAAUUGUCUCACGCUCUUAAUCUUCUUGGUCGUUUCAUUUUUUUUCUUAGUCCCUCUAGUGGUAAUUAAAAACAGAUGUAUUAAUACUUUCAAAGUUCUUCUGUUAGCUUUUCAUUAUUCACAAAGUCUUCAGCUGCUGAUGUGAGCAAUAUGAAACCCGUGUGCUGACAGACUUGCAGACUGCAAAGCUUACCUUUAAUGUGUGAACGUCCAACACAAGCUAAUUAAUUGAGUCAUCGACACUUCACGACUUCCCCACCUUCAUUCAUAUGUAGCAGAGGAUAUUGCAUGCAUGCAUUUAGGGUACUGACAAGAACUUUGGCAGGAGCACUGAUGAGCUCUCUGUGGUGCUCCCACUCCAGCAGUGAGAAUACUAUUCAAAACUGUAGAAAUUGCACAAGGCUGACAUGCCAGCAAAAGUAAACUAGCCUUGUUAUGAAAUCAGUUUUGUUUUCAUCUUCCCAGAGAUGUACCAAGUUUUUAAUCUUUUGUUGCCUCUGUAAGCUUUUUUGGUCCUAUUUUAAUUGCUUUUGUUAUUAAGCUCCUUACUCUAAAAAAGCCCAUGCAAAUGGGCCUUUUAAAGUGAAGAGUGUUUAGAAUAAGUAGCAGAGUCCACUCACUGUGUUUUCUCCCCAUGCCUGCAACACAUUUGAGACAGUUUUAAAGCAUAUUUUUUUAACUCUCAUUGUUGUUGAGUAGUCCAUGUAUGAAUAACUUAAGAUGAAACCACUGGCAAGUAAAAUAGAAAGAGACUGGAUUAAUAUUGUGCAAGGAUAUUCAUAUGACAGUCAUGUGGUCUGUUAUACUUGUACAGUUAGUUACUUUCAGAAAUAUUCACUGUGUAGCACCAAGUCUCUUGUUCAGGGCUGCUGUCUGAGCCGUGAAAAUGCCUGGGACUGUUUUUAGUAGGCGGAAUCUCAGAUCAUUCAUAUACAGAGUAAGUUUUUUCACUUUUGUAUGUGUCUUGUGAUAGGCUGUUGAACGUUACAGUGCAUUUGCUCUUCAUUGCAUAGUAACAGGAGCAGAAAUAAAGUUGCACCAGUUCUAUGCUAAAUAUUUGUGUAGCAAAACCCAAGCAUAGAUAAGAAAUUGUGGCAUUGAUAUACCUAGGGAAAAACACUGUGGCAUUGUUUUUACUGAUAUCUUGUAAUAAUGAAAAUAUAAUGAAUUGUAGUAAUUUCUUUUUCACUGACAUUCUUAAUUCUUAGUUACAUGUUCUAGGGCAUAGGUGUUCAUGUGAGCAAAAGCUCCUCUGGGUUUUUUUGGCAGAAGCAAUGAAGAAUUAAGCAACGUGGAUCUACAAGCUAUAUUUAUAGGAGAGCCCAUAAAGCAUGUUUAUUUGUAUCACCAGGCAAUUUAUACAGGUUAAACCCAUAUCUUUUCAUUAACAGAAGAUUAUUUGCACACAAAUUGUCCCCGCUGGGUAAGGACCAUGAAGGAAAACAAAUCAGUUCCUGUAGAUUGUGACAGUGUUUUAAACUCCCAUGAAUUCUAAACAUCUGCCAUUUUUUAGGGUGGCUGAAGGACACGUUUUCAAGCAACUUAGAGCACUGGCAGAAACGAGAUGGCAAAUGAUGUACCCCUAAUGAUAACAUCACUGAGCUUGCAAAAGAACAUUUGGACUCAUCUUAAAUUGCAGCUUUUACAGGUAGAAGCUUUUGAUUCUUGAGGAGCUAGUGACCAUUUUUGAGGGCAAAAUUUUGGGUCUGUGAUAGCAGACCCAAGCCCUUUUUGCUUUCAUUCUCCUAUCUGCAGGUAGAUAAUAAUAUAUCUGUGGCCAUCUGUGCCUAAUUAGAACAUGAAGGGGAUAAUGAAAGACCACCUCUUUCACCAUCAUACCUUAACUCCUGCUCUGAUCAAUUAUGAAAGUCCUCAAGGAGCUGUAAAACUUCAGAGUGAAUUUUUUUAUUGAGUGAAGUGCUUCCCUUUUCAAACUUUAAAAGUUUUAGAACAUAACCUGUCCACUCCACUGGUUUGUUCUAAGUGCAUUUUGCCACAUGUGUUUGUUUGUGCCUCUCUGCCUAUUUCAGGAAGCAAGGAAAAGUGCAAUUUGAAUGAAAAUCCAAGUUGUUUCACAUAGAGCCAGGAUGAAGCAGGAUUUGCAUUCUGUGCUCGUGUCUGGCUCCUUGGCGCUGAUUAGAAGGGAGAAAGGAGCCAGAAACUGCCUGCAGAGCAGGACAGAAGGGAGUUGGAAGAGACUGUUUGGCUAGUCCAGGCAUGAGAGUUGUGGAUACUGUGCCUCAUCACCUCCUCUGACUUAUUUCUAUUCCAAGGAUGAAGAAGGCUUGAAAGCAGGCAGCUUGUGAUGUGCCUGAACUACUGAUUAUUGGUGAAAAGUCCAAGACGGCGUCUCCGGUAAAAGCAAGCAGUAACUUGCAGAAAGAAGAGAAACUUUUGCAGAGUUACUCCAUGGGAAUGACAGAAGUCAAUACAGAUGAAAGGCAGUUGUGUGCUGCUGCCGCCUGAAUCCAAAGCCAUGAAUCAGGCAGUUGUGAAAGAAGGAAACAGGGAGGCCAAAACACAGAUAAGAUAAUUCUUCGGCACUUGUGCGCUCAAAGGCUUUGCCCAACAUCGAUUCUCCCCCUGGAUGUGAGCUGAAGCCUACAAUGAAACAUAAUUUUGCUUUCGACAACAUGGGCUAUGAGGCAAGCUCUGAAACCAUGCCCUCUCCACCUUCCCAAGAGCACACUGUGGUAGUCAACAUUGUGGGAAUGACCUGCCAGUCAUGUGUGCAGUCAAUAGAAGGCCGAAUUUCCAAGGUGAAGGGCAUUUUGAGAAUUAAAGUCUCCCUUGAACAGAACAAUGCUGUUAUCAAGUAUCUGCAGUUGGAAAUAAGCCCUGAACAGAUUUGCCAGGAAAUUCUGGAUAUGGGCUUUGAUGCCAACAUAGCAGAAGAGAAGUUGACAACAGCAACUGUAAAUUUGCCAAGCUUGAAAGAAGCAGUAGCUAAGCUUCGGGUAGAAGGCAUGACAUGCCAGUCCUGUGUCACCAAUAUUGAAGGAAAGAUUAAGAAACUGCACGGUGUAGCAAAAAUCAAGGUGUCACUUGAUAACCAAGAAGCAAUUAUUGCUUACCAUCCUCACAUCAUUCAGCCUGAUGACCUCAAGAGACACAUCAGUGACCUGGGGUACGACUGCACCAUUAAAAGUAAAUCAGCCCCUUUGAAGCUGGGUGCCCUUGAUCUCCAGCGCUUGCAGAAUGCAAACCCCAGGGAGACACCGGCAAGUGUCGGGAGUGAUGGGCUGGAUCUGCUGGUCCCCGAGAUGGGUAGCACAGCAACAGUGACUCUACAGAUAGAGGGCAUGCACUGCAAGUCCUGUGUCAGAAACAUCGAAGGAAAUAUAUCAGAUCUUCCUGGCAUAAAAAGUAUUAAAGUGUCUUUGGAGCAUAAAUGUGCUGUGGUACAGUAUAGCCCAGAUUUAAUCACCCUGUCAGCUGUGCAGCAAGCUAUCGAAUCCCUUCCACCUGGAAACUUUAAAGUAAGCCUCCUUAGUGAUUCAGAAGCAAAUAAGGCAGUAUCUCCCUCAGGUGCUUUCACGUACAGUGUCGUCAGACAGCCACCACAAGGCACAACACAUACGGCUGUGAUUAAGAUUGAUGGCAUGACCUGCAAUUCUUGUGUACAGUCCAUAGAAGGGGCCAUGUCACAGAGGCAAGGAGUGCAGCAUGUAGCAGUUUCUCUAGCUGGCAGUACUGGGACCAUACACUAUGAUCCAGCUGUCACUAGUGAAGAAGAGUUAAGAGCUGCCAUAGAAGACAUGGGAUUUGAUGCCUCUGUGCUGACAGAUACUGCCACUGGAGAACACAGGUGCCAGCCUGAUGCCAGCAAAGCUGCUGUGCAGCCUCGAGCUCCAGAGCCUCCUCAUCAAGAAAGUUCCUCAGAUGCUCUUCCAGACAGUCCUCACCCUGAUGGGUCAAACCAGCUCCGUGGAGCCACAGAAGAAAAGUGUGUUUUACAAAUCACAGGCAUGACCUGUGCAUCGUGUGUGUCUACCAUUGAAAGAAAUCUACAGAAAGAAGAUGGAAUUGUUUCAGUGUUGGUAGCACUGAUGGCAGGUAAAGCAGAGAUAAAAUACAAGCCAGAACUCAUACAGCCUCUUGAAAUAGCACAGCUGAUCCAGAAUUUGGGUUUUGAAGCUACCAUCAUGGAAAAUAAUGCAGAAACAGAAGGGGAAGUGGAGCUUCUUAUUAUAGGGAUGACUUGUGCUUCUUGUGUUCACAAUAUUGAAUCCAAACUCAUGAGAACAAAUGGCAUAUUCUCUGCCUCAGUUGCACUUGCAACUAGCAAAGCUCACAUCCAGUUCGAUCCUGAAAUAAUUGGUCCUCGAGAUAUUAUAAAAGCAAUCAAGGAAAUUGGCUUUCAUGCUUCUGUGGCUAAAAGAGCUCCAAAUGCACAUAACCUGAGUCAUAAAAAGGAAAUACAGCAGUGGAGGAAAUCUUUCUUGUACAGCCUAGUCUUUGGUAUCCCAGUUGUAGUUAUAAUGAUUUAUAUGCAAAUACCCAGUGGUGAAGGCCAUGGGUCUAAGGUGCUGGAACAGAACCUCAUUCCUGGAUUAUCUAUUUUGAAUCUUCUCUUCUUUAUCCUGUGCACUUUUGUUCAGUUCCUUGGUGGAUGGUAUUUUUACGUACAAGCUUACAAGUCCCUGCGGCACAAGACGGCCAAUAUGGAUGUGCUCAUCGUACUGGCCACGACCAUUGCUUAUGUGUAUUCCUGCGUGAUCCUGAUAGUAGCAAUCAUUGAAAAGGCAGAGAAGAGCCCUGUCACCUUCUUCGACACUCCUCCGAUGUUGUUUGUGUUCAUUGCGCUCGGCAGAUGGCUGGAGCACAUAGCCAAGGGUAAGACCUCAGAAGCUCUUGCUAAGCUUAUGUCUCUUCAAGCCACAGAAGCCACUGUGGUGACUCUUGGACCUGGCCACUCUAUUGUUAGGGAGGAGCAAGUACCUGUUGAACUGGUUCAAAGGGGUGAUAUUAUAAAAGUUGUUCCUGGUGGAAAGUUCCCAGUGGAUGGAAAGGUCAUUGACGGCAGUUCUAUGGCAGAUGAGUCUCUCAUUACUGGGGAACCUAUGCCAGUCAUUAAAAAGCCUGGGAGCACAGUGAUUGCUGGUUCUAUAAAUGCAUAUGGUUCACUUCUUGUUAAUGCAACUCAUGUUGGUAAUGAUACCACUCUGGCACAGAUUGUGAAAUUGGUGGAAGAAGCUCAAAUGUCAAAGGCUCCCAUCCAGCAACUGGCAGAUAAAUUUAGUGGAUACUUUGUUCCAUUUAUCAUCAUCAUUUCAACUGUGACAUUGAUAGUAUGGAUCACAAUUGGUUUUGUAAAUUUUGAUAUUAUUAAAAAAUAUUUUCCUAAUCAGAGCAAAAACAUUUCAAAAGCUGAAAUAAUACUGAGGUUUGCAUUUCAAACCUCAAUCACUGUGCUGAGCAUUGCAUGCCCUUGCUCUUUAGGCCUGGCUACCCCCACAGCUGUAAUGGUGGGCACAGGAGUGGCUGCGCAGAAUGGUAUUCUCAUCAAAGGUGGAAAACCCCUGGAAAUGGCACAUCAGAUCAAGACUGUGAUGUUUGAUAAAACUGGGACCAUCACCUAUGGAGUUCCUAAAGUCAUGAGGGUGCUGUUGAUGGGAGACACAGCUGUGCUGCCCCUGAAGAAGGUAUUGGCUGUUGUUGGUACAGCAGAAGCCAGCAGCGAGCAUCCUUUAGGAAUGGCGGUCACUAAAUACUGCAAAGAGGAGCUUGGCACUGAGAGCCUGGGAUACUGCACCGACUUCCAGGCAGUCCCAGGCUGUGGUAUCAGCUGCAAGGUCGGAGGAGUUGAGGCCAUCCUUGGCACAGCUGAGGAAGGUCCCAAUAAGCUGGAUGCUAACAGGAGUGGGGACAGCAGUGCUCCUCUGGGAGAUAACGGAGUUAUCACACCCUUGGAAUCACAAGGUCCAUCAGCUUCUCAGAAAUACUCGGUGUUGAUCGGAAAUCGUGAGUGGAUGCGACGCAAUGGCUUGAAUAUUGCAAAUGAUGUAAAUGAUGCAAUGACAAACCACGAAAUGAAAGGACAGACUGCCAUACUAGUGGCUAUAGAUGGUGUGUUGUGUGGAAUGAUCGCAAUAGCAGACACUGUCAAGCAGGAGGCAGCCCUUGCUGUGCACACACUGCAGAGCAUGGGAAUAGACGUGGUGCUCAUAACAGGGGACAACAGGAAAACUGCAAAAGCCAUUGCUACUCAGGUUGGGAUCAAAAAAGUCUUUGCGGAGGUUCUUCCAUCUCACAAGGUUGCAAAGGUCCAGGAGCUCCAAAAUGGAAAGAGGAAGGUUGCAAUGGUUGGUGAUGGAGUCAAUGAUUCCCCUGCACUAGCCAAGGCCGAUGUUGGAAUUGCAAUUGGAACAGGCACCGAUGUUGCCAUUGAAGCUGCAGAUGUUGUUCUUAUCCGAAAUGAUUUGCUGGACGUAGUUGCCAGUAUCCACUUAUCCAAGAGAACAGUUCGAAGAAUACGAAUAAAUCUGAUUCUUGCCUUAAUUUAUAAUCUGCUUGGAAUACCCAUAGCAGCAGGUGUGUUCAUGCCUGUUGGUCUCGUGCUUCAGCCUUGGAUGGGAUCAGCUGCAAUGGCAGCUUCUUCUGUGUCUGUCCUGCUGUCUUCACUGCAGCUGAAGUGUUACAAGAAGCCAGACACAGAGAGUUACGAAGCACAAGCUCAAGGCCGCAUGAAGCCACUCACCCCUUCUCAAAUCAGUGUUCACAUUGGAAUGGAUGACAGGAGGAGGGACUCUUCCAAACCAUCUCCGUGGGAUCAGACAAGCCAAGUGUCCCUCUCUUCCCUGGCUUCAGACAGGCUGCCGAGACGCAAUGGGUUCAUCCAGGAGGAAGGGGGCAAGUGGUCAUUGCUCAUAAAUGGGGCGGAUGAAGAGCAGUACAUCUGAAGCUCUGGACUCAGCACAGGGGGAAAUGUUCCUCCUCCCCAGUCAGGGGAGGGACUGACUUAUUUCAUCAACAGCUUCAGUGUUGUAAGUGAAGUAUUCCUUCAGCUCGUAAGACAAUUGCACCUGAGCUCAGUGCUGGGUUGUAUGGAGUGUGGAUUUUUUUCAGGUCACCAGUUAUUUCUAGUUAUGGAAAUAAUCUGUGCCACUAUAAUGAACUGGCUUGUUUGCACACAGCAUUUAGUGAAAUAAUGUAAAAUUGUAAUUUUCAGAGUCUAAAAGAGUCUCUCUGUGACUCUUUGCUAGGAACCAAAUGUCAUAUUUUCACUCUUUCAAACUUUAUUACUUCAAGACCACAUGAAGCAAGAGUAUUUUCAGACCUGCCAAAUAUUAAUUAAUUGUGUCUAAAUGACAUUAGCAAUGGCAUAAGGAACUCUGUGGUCAGAAGUUGAAUUUUUACACAGAAUCCUAACUAGUCAUGUCACUGUGAGAACACUUUGUAUUUAGGAUUCAUGGCAUCUCCUGGGACCAAAAAUGCUUUGUUGCUUCACCUGCUUCAACUCUCUGAAAGGUCUUUUUCAAAGAUUUUCACCUGCUUUGAGGUAUUGCAUCCUUUUGAUGCACAUUUCUACUGCUCUCUUUGAUUUUCUCUUUUGCUCCACAUGAGCCCCUUUCCCCUUUUUCCUGCACAAGAGAUCUUCUAUGACUUAUCAUUAUGUUUACAGAUAUUCCUGUUUGGAAUAAACUCCUUUAAGUCACCAGGAACCUUUCCAUUCCAAUUGAAAUCCAUAAAGGCAGAACAGUUCCUGGUCCCAGUAAUCCAAGAUACCUUGCUGGAUCCCAGGGACCUCCUUAGAGUUGGGCAGUUGUCUGUCUCUUUCCUCUGAGAGUGUGAAGAAUUUAUGCCAGUGUGAGCAAAGGUUGUGUUUACCUUGGUAUGACUCAGCAGAACCAGCACUGGUGUGACUCCAGCACAGCUGAACAGAAUGAGAUUAUUGCAUAACUUAACCCCAGCUUGCUGCUUGCUUAAAAUGCAGCUAAAAGUUUAUAUUAUAAAGGUGGGAAAAUGGCCUUAAAGUGGGCUUCUAUUUGCCAUCAUAGGAAUAAAUGACAGGAUCUGAACUAAGAAAAUUUGUAAGUUAAAUUUGUAUUUAUUUUUUGCAUUGGUUUUAGUUCCCCUCUUUACUUCAAUGAGAAAUCAAAGUACUGGACAACCAUUUUUUUGCUUUAACAUCUUUACCAAAGCUUGGAGUAACUUCAUCCCUGUGGUUGUCAGAUUCACCCCUUAACACUUUUUAGAGUCAGGACAGUAGGAAUCAACAGCUUUGGUGCACUGGAUCCAGCUCCAGAGCGCUGUGUUCUCCAGCUGUGGGACUCUGAUGUAAGCAGUGUUUUAUAGUCAAAUUUAGAAACUGAAAGAGGAAAUACUUUGCUAAACAACAUGGAAUAACUACUUAUUUUCAGUGACUGAAAUAUAGGGCUGUUUGUAACACAGGUUCAAAUCCUACUUCUCCUAAUGUAAAAAUGAAAAACAAGUUAGAGAAGAAAAGAAUUGUUCUUAAAACAUUGGAUAGGUCUUCCUAUUUCCACAGCACUGUCAUAAAUAUAAUUACAAAUCAGUUGUAAAACUCUAUAUAAGUAGAGAUUACUUUCACAACACACACACUUUUCAAACAUGCCAUAGGUGUAUGUCCGUGUGGGAAAGAGGGUCUGAAGUUUUACUAUUUUGUAUUUUCUAAUCAGUCCUUACAGUAAAAAUAUGCUUUGUUUAAAAAAAAAAUCAAACAAAUGACUGUGUGUCUUUUUCUUUUUUUUUAUUGAGGGGUUCAGGAUAAAAAGAGCAUAAAUAGAGAUAGUUUGAUUCAGGGUACAUAUGGACAAGGUUUUGUGACUGCUUUGUGAUCUCUUUCGGGCAGGAUAUAUCGGAGGGAAAAAGAGACGUUGUUUCAUGUUGAGACAGGUGAGGUUGCAAACAUGUUAAAGGGUAGAAAUAGGAUUCCAAAUCAUCUUGGGGAAUUGGACAGAACCAGGAAACUUUGCAAACAGAACAGAGAGGAAUUAAAGGUCAACGUAGCUGAAAAAGGUCAGGUAGUUGUCUGGCAUUCAUUUUGUGACCCAUUCUAACAACACAGUGAUCCUGCAAAAUGAAGAGAAACAUAGAGAGGUAUAAAGACUGUAUCACCCAUAUGACAAAAUACCUCAUUCUGUUCUGCUCUGGAGAGGCAUCAGCUGAAACAGCAGGUCUAGUUUUAUAUGUCAUGCUUGUUAGGAAAAACCAGAGAAGAGCAAUGAGAUUUAAUAGAAAUCUAGAAAACGUGAGAAUGUAAGUAUAAGAGAAUGAGAAGUAGAAGAAGAUUGAUGGAGUUUGAGUAAUAUUGCUUACAGAAUAGCAUAAGGAAAUACAAGUCUCAAGACACAAAGAGAACAAUUUAUUCCUUUCAUCUUUUCAGUGUCUUUUAUGUUCAUGGUGAAUAGAACAAGAAAAUAAUAGGUUUCUUUAAGCAAAGAAUAUUUAGAUUAGUCACUAGGGAGGAACCGUGUAACAGGAAAGAUUGUGGAGCACUGGAAGAGGUUUUAGAUGGGGGCUCUUCAGAUGCACAUGGCAGUGAGGCACAUACUUGGUGAUAAUGUGUUAGUCAGAGGUUAAUCCUCCCGUGGGCAGGCAGCUGCCCUACACCAGCUCCUGACCUUCUCCCCAGAUGGGCUGUCUCUUAUUUCUGUGAAAGUAAUAUGAAACAAAAAAUUAUUGGAGAGGACUGACCACACUAUCCUGCUCUUAAGAAGUGCUGAAGAACCUGACUUAUUUCAUACUUGAAAUGAACUGGAAAAGUUUUGCUCAUUAUAUUUGCAUAAUGUCUUAGGCUUUAAAUGGCUGUGAAACUUGCAUAAAUCAUGGAAGCAUAGAAUGGUUUGGGUUGAAAGGGUCCUUAGAAUCCAUCCUGUCCAACUCCCCUGCCAUGGGCAGGGACACCUCCCACUAGACUGGGUUACUCAGAGCUCCAUCCAACCUGUCUUUGGACACUGCCAGGGAUCCACAACUUCUCCUAGCAACCUGUGCCAGUGCCUCACCACCCUCACAGUAAAGAAUUUCUUCCUAAUAUUUAAUGUAAACCUACCCUCUGUCAGUUUAAAGCCAUUCCCCCUUGUCUAAUCACUACAUGCCCCUGUCAGAAUUCCCUCUCCAGCUCUCUCAUAGCCCCCUUCAGGCCCUGGAAGGUGCUCUAAGUUCUCCUUGGAGCCUUCUUGUCUCCAGGCUGAACAGCCCCGACUCUCUCAGCCUGCCUUCAUGGCAGAGGUUCUCCAGCCCUCUGAACAGCUUUGUGGCCUCCUCUGUAGUUGUUGCAGCAGGUCCAUGUCCCACUUAUGUUGGACAUAAGAUGCAGCACUCCAGGGGGUCUCAGAGUGGGGCAGAGAGGCAGAAUUCCCUUCCCCCUGCUGGCCACACUGUGUUGGAUGCAGACCAGGAUAUGGUUGGCUUUCUGGGCUGCAAGCACAUAUUGCUGGGUCAUGUUAAACUUCUCAUCAACCAACACCCCCAAGGCAAAAAUGUCUAUGAGAAAGUUAGAAUAGUUCUACACAGUCAAGAAAAAGAAAUAUGGGUGAUAGUCCUAACACUCGUGAUCAUGUGCUCUUGUUAAACUUGAGCUCCUGAUGCACAUCCAGUCUCGCUGGGGGUUUGCAUUUCAUUGCAUUUCUGUAUGCAGUGUAAUUAUGAUCUGUCCUUGUCCCCAUGGGGCCACCUGCCUGCAGCCCCCAGCAGAGUGGGGGACUGGCCUGGGACUGCUGCUUGUGCUGGCUCUGCAGCAAAUUAGCUGGAGGAAGGUGCCUGAGAGGAUGGACUUGCGGACUCCCUAAGCUCAGUGCCUGAGGUGCUCAGCAGUGUGCCAGAUUUGUCCUCUUUCCUAGGACUGAGUAUUUUGAUGGAUUAGACAGUAUGGAGCAACUUUUCAAAUCCCAGUUUUGAUCUUAGGUGUCUGCAUUGUGCAUGUUCUCCCAGCACGACUCAGUUGCUGCUAUCUGAUGGUAAGUGUUGAUAUAUCUGAUGAUUUACAGGGGACAUCCAGUUAUUUUGCUCUGGGAAAAAUUCGUGAGUCUUUGGUUGUAACUUUAAAAUUAUUUUUAAAUGAACACAGAAGACAUCAAAUGAAUCAGAUCUUUGACUUCCAUGUUAUUUUUAGUGCAAUAGCUCAGGAAUACUGUUGCCUGCUAAGUUUUUAAACUCUUUUUCUUCUCUUGUUAUAGUUUACCAUACAAUUUUUGGUGCCCUAAGUUCACAGGAAAGAAAUUAUUCCAUUUAAUUUCCUCCUCCUUUCCCCUUUUUUUCAAGUGAAUAAGCUGUCUGAUUUCUAUCCAAGCUGAUUACAACCUUUCUCUGACUAAGUAUUCGUUCAACAAUUAUAUUUUCUCUAAAUGCACUUGUGUGUGAAGAAAAAGGAUGAGUAGGUGGUGAAAUUAUACAAUGAUGUGCAGGGUUGUGAAAUCAGAUAACACUGAAAUGCUGGAUUUAAUUUCCUCUACUAAGAUGCCAACAGCAAGCCUGUUGGUUUUCAGUGGGAAAUUGUUUGAGAGUCACAACAAAAGAAGUGGUGAAGUGCAAAACAUCCUGCUCACAUGUGAGUCUCAGACAGACAUAAGCACAGGAGGAGACAGAUUAACUCCUCUCCCUGUCUCCAGUUAAAA